UAUGGCAAGUUGUGGUGACAAUGUCACCGUUUCAAGGAUCCAUUGGUCUAUAAUUGAGUUACAAAUUCAUACUAAAGACAAAAUCACUACACCGUAUUAUCACUAGUCUACCCUUGAUAUUGGUGAAAGCUGUGAGAAAAAAGAAAACCAAGCAAUGAGUUACAUUGGGAAAGAAGAUGAGGUUCAACAACGACCUUACUGGAGAUGGAGCAAAGUUGAUUUCUUGCCUGAAGAAUCAUUCCAAAAUUGGAACACCUACCUAUCUGCACUCUCACAAAUAUAUUCCCGAUUCAAUGACCGCCUUCUAAGCCGCUCGGAUGAUGCAAACGAGAUAACACAACUUCGUAAACAAAGUGAAAAUGACAUGAAACGUUGCCUCACUUGGUGGGAUCUUACCUGGUUUGGAUUUGGGUCGGUUAUUGGAGCAGGCAUCUUCGUGCUCACUGGCCAAGAAGCUCAUCAUCAUGCUGGACCUGCCAUUGUCUUGUCCUAUGUUGCCUCAGGUAUUUCAGCAAUGCUUUCUGUAUUCUGCUAUACUGAGUUUGCAGUAGAGAUCCCUGUGGCAGGUGGGUCAUUUGCUUAUUUAAGAAUUGAAUUAGGAGAUUUUGUGGCCUUCAUCACUGCUGGAAAUAUACUUCUUGAAAGCAUUGUUGGAGGUGCAGCUGUUGCCAGAGCAUGGACUUCUUACUUCGCCACUCUCUUAAACCGUCAGCCCGACUCACUUCGUAUCCCUAAGGGAAAUUAUCUCUUGGACCCGAUUGCAGUUGCAGUUUUGGCAAUUGCUGCAACCAUUGCAAUGAUUAGCACAAAGAAAACUUCUCAAUUGAAUUGGAUAGCCACUGCACUGAACACUUUAGUGAUCUUGUUCGUGCUAAUUGCUGGGUUUGCUCAUGCCAACACAUCAAAUUUGACACCCUUUUUACCCCAUGGAGCCAAAGGGAUCUUCCAAGCAGCGGCUAUUGUUUACUUUGCUUAUGGUGGAUUCGAUAGCAUUGCUACCAUGGCUGAAGAAACAAAAAACCCUUCAAGAGACAUACCAUUAGGAUUACUUGGAUCAAUGUCAAUCAUCACUGUCGUAUAUUGCUUGAUGGCAUUGUCCCUAAGCAUGAUGCAGAAAUACACAGAGAUAGACCCAAACGCCGCCUAUUCUACGGCAUUUCAGAGUGUUGGAAUGAAAUGGGCCAAGUAUCUUGUAGCGCUUGGUGCUCUUAAGGGGAUGACCACUGUCCUUCUGGUAGGAGCCCUUGGGCAGGCACGAUAUACUACUCAUAUUGCACGAGCACACAUGAUCCCACCAUGGUUCGCGCUUGUCCACCCAAAGACUGGAACACCAAUAAACGCGACGCUUUUGAUGACCAUUUCAAGUGGUCUCAUUGCAUUUUUCUCAAGCUUGGAUGUCUUAGCAAGCUUGCUAUCUGUGAGCACUCUAUUCAUAUUCAUGAUGAUGGCUGUAGCACUACUUGUGAGGAGAUACUAUGUGAGGGAAGUCACACCAGGAAUAAACCAGCUGAAGCUUGUAAUAUUCCUGCUGGUUAUCAUUGCUUCCUCAAUGGGAACUUCAGCCUACUGGGGACUAAGGCCUAAUGGAUGGGUGGGAUACGUUGUAACAAUUCCCCUUUGGUUCCUGGGGACUAUGGGGGUAUCAAUAUUUCUGCCACAGCAGAGGACGCCAAAAGUUUGGGGGGUCCCACUGGUUCCAUGGCUUCCAUCUUUGUCAGUUGCAAUAAAUAUCUUCCUCAUGGGGUCUUUGGGACCUCCAGCUUUUAUAAGGUUCGGAAUCUGUACGGUGGCAAUGCUGGUUUACUACAUUCUCGUUGGUGUCCAUGCAACUUAUGAUAUGGCCCAUCAACAACAAAAACUAGAUUCCCUCAAGGUUAAGAAUGAAGAUGAAGAUAAAGAGGAGAAAGCUUAGGCCUUGCCUUAUUUUCCUCUUCUUGUUUGUAUUCCUUCCACCAUCUCUAUCUAUAUGGUCUCGUCCUUAAGCAGGAUUCUUCAUAAUCUGUAUAAAAGCCCUGUGUUUUACGUUUCAGAUCAAAUAAAAUAUACUUACUAGAAUCCCUAAAA